CACUGAAAGUCACGGUGCAAUCAAAGUUCCUUCAGGUCUGCUUCUCACCCAGUUGUUGGUGAGAGCCUUCACUCUGUCACGAUGUCUUUCUGUUGAGCUAUGCAGCUCCCGGAGUGGUUGCGUUCACUUUGCUCCCAUGCAGGACUCAAAGGAUCUGAAGCUGAGGAACUGUGGAGUUUCCUGCCGUCCCUCUCCCUGUCGACUUCCUCUCUGCUGGGUUUAGGAGCGCUGGCGUCCCUUACUGUGUACUGGCUGCUGACCCGUCCUCGGCCCGUUCGUCCUCCUUGUGAUCUACAAGCCCAGUCUGUUGCGGUUGAUGGAGACCCCAGCUGCAGGAGAUCUGCUCUCCUUAAAGAUGACAAUCUGCUGGAGUUUUACUAUGACGACAUCAGGACGGUCUAUGAGAUGUUCCAGAGAGGUCUGAAGAUCUCAGGCGAUGGUCCAUGUCUUGGCCACAGGAAGCCAGGCCAGCCCUACGAGUGGAUCUCCUACUCUGAGGUGGCUCAGCAGGCCCAGUGGAUGGGGAGUGGCAUGAUUGCUAAAGGUUGCCAGAAGUUUGUUGGGGUUUACUCUCCUAACAGGCCAGAGUGGGUCAUCUCAGAGUUGGCCUGCUACACCUACUCCAUGGCACUGGUGCCUCUAUAUGACACGCUGGGGAUCGAGGCGAUGGUCCACAUUCUCAACCUUGCUGAGAUGUCCCUGGUUGUCUGUGACCGAGAGGAGAGGGCAGCGUUGUUGCUGGAGUGCAAGGAGAAAGGCAUGACUCCGAAGAUCUCCUGCCUGGUUCUGUUUAACGACUUCAGCCAAGCCUUUGGAGAGAGGGCGAAGAAGUGCGAGGUGGACGUUCUGAACUGGGUGCAGCUCAUGGAGCUGGGAAAGCAGGACCUGAAAGAUCCCGUGCUGCCCCGGCCUCAGGAUCUGGCAGUAGUUUGCUUCACCAGUGGAACCACAGGGAAGCCCAAGGGAGCCAUGAUCACCCACGGGAACAUCGCCUCCAAUACUUCCUCUGUCAUUAAGAUCCUGGAGGGUUCGUUUGUGAUCCAGCAAGAGGAUGUGUCGAUCUCUUACCUGCCUCUUGCCCACAUGUUUGAGAGGAUGAUCCAGCUCACAAUGUACUGCUACGGAGCCCGAGUGGGAUUCUUCCAGGGGGACAUUUCUCUUCUUAUGGAUGACAUUAAAACCCUCAAACCGACCCUCUUUCCUGUUGUGCCUCGUAUUCUUAAUCGCAUCUACGAUAAGAUCCUGGGUUCUGUGACCUCUCCGUUUCAGCGGGCCCUGCUUCACUACGCUGUCAGGAGAAAGCAGGCCGAGCUCUGCAGAGGGAUUGUGCGGAACAACAGUCUGUGGGAUAAACUGUUGUUCAACAAAAUUCAGGCCAGCCUAGGAGGUAAUCUCCGGUUUGCCUUGACUGCCUCAGCACCCAUCUCCUCCACUGUUUUGUCCUUUCUCAGAGCCACUAUGGGCUGCAUGAUAUGCGAGGGUUAUGGACAGACAGAGUGCACUGGAGGCUGCACUUUCUCUUUGAUAGGGGACUCCAGCACAGAUCACGUUGGCGCGCCUUUACCAUGUGCCAUGGUGAAGGUGGUGGACAUCCCUGACAUGAACUACUUUUCUAAGAAUGGAGAAGGAGAGAUUUGUAUCCGUGGCCCCAGUGUGUUCAAGGGUUAUCUGAAGGACCCGGAGAGGACAGCAGAGGCCUUGGACAGUGACGGCUGGCUCCACACUGGGGAUGUAGGCCGGUGGCUCCCAAAUGGCACGCUGCGCAUCAUCGACAGGAAGAAGCACAUCUUUAAGCUGUCCCAGGGAGAGUACGUCGCUCCGGAGAAGAUAGAGAACAUCUACCUGCGUUCUGCUCCUGUGCUCCAGGUGUUUGUGCAUGGAGACAGUUUACAGUCCUAUGUUGUGGGGAUAGUUGUGCCUGACCCAGAGGUGUUUGUUGAAUGGGCUAAGGAGCGGGGCUUUGUGGGGUCCUACCAGGAGCUCUGCCAAAACCCUGAUGUAAAGAAUGUAGUGUUAGAAGACAUGAGAGCUGUGGGGAAGGAAGCAGGGCUUAAGUCCUUUGAACAGAUGAAGGAUAUCUAUUUACACGCGGAGAUGUUCAGUGUUGCCAACGGCCUUCUCACACCCACCCUAAAGAGCAGACGCUCCGACAUCCGCAGUGUGUUUCAAGAGCAGCUAGCGAACAUGUACAAGACUCCAGUUUAACUCCAAAACACCUUAGGGUCAGCAAUGUCUGCAAAGGGAAAUACUGUCAUUUUACUUAGAUGUUUUGUGGCAACUGUGUAUCUGGUCAGUACAUCCAAUCAUUAGCCUAAAAUGUUCUUUCUUGAUCUCACUGUACCCAGAAUUCAUUGCAGAUUUGUUUUUGGGAGACAAAUAUAGAAAUACAAAUGUCAUCUUCAGAAACAGAGUGGUGCAUUUUUUUUCACGAUGCACUUCUUUCCAGGAGAUUUUAAAGAGACAAAGUAUUCUGUGGCGACUGUGGCUCGGUAGGAAGAGUAGUCGUCUUGCAAUCAGAAGGUUGUUGGUUUGAUUCUAGCUUCCUUCCACCUUUUUCUGUCGUCAGUUUUUAUGGCAUUAUGGACAUUUGAUUACAAAACCCCACAUGUCAUGAAACAACAUUGCAGAAAUUGUCAUCAGUCAUAAUCUAUAAUACCAAGAAAAAUAUGGACGGCAUUAUGGUAGAUUAAAUACAUAUAACUUCAUUUUAA